AUGAAGAAGCAGAGAAUCGCCUCCAAGGCGCCUGAAGACACUUUUAUCAACAACUCCGAUUAUGACGAUCUGUCAAUGAAGCAAGAGCCCUCCAGCCAGCCGUUGUCGGAAGAUUCCAUGGAGGAAGCUAACUCCACCUUUGUUGAUGCCAAUGAUACAAAAGCUGAGGACGAGGACGUGACGCUAGCGGAGCUCGAGGAUUCCAAGAUCCAGAUUGAUGAAAACGAGAGUGGAAAAGAGGAUCAGAAUGAGAAGAGCACGGGAGAAGAGGCUAAUGAGCAGAUCGGAGAGGAUGGGGAUGGAAUAGAGGACCACGUUGAAGAGGCACCCAAAACAACCAUAGAACAUCCUCCUGCAAGCCGACCUACAUCAAAGUCGACAUUGGAGCUCGGAAGGGCCGUCAAGCAGGACGAGAUCAAGCCCAGGUUGGUGAUCCGCAAACUCAUCCUCACAAACUUCAAAUCCUACGCUGGCGUACAGGAGAUCGGACCCUUCAACCCGCUGUUUUCUGCUGUUGUUGGACCCAACGGGUCUGGUAAGAGUAAUGUCAUUGACUCCAUGCUUUUCGUUUUUGGUUUCAGGGCCCUGAAGAUGAGACAAGGCAAGCUCUCUGAAUUGAUCCAUUCUUCCGAGUCCGGUCAAAAGCUCGACUUUUGCCAGGUCGACAUCCACUUUUGCCAUGUUAUCGAUGACCCAGUCGAUCCAUUGGCAGCUACAGAUGUACCUGGUUCUGAGAUUGUUAUAAGCAGACGCGCCACUCGAAACAACGCCUCCCUGUACUAUCUCAACGGCAGGUCUAGUAACUACACAGACGUGACUCAGUACUUGAGAGAACAGGGAAUUGACCUUGAUCACAAGCGAUUCUUGAUCUUGCAGGGCGAGGUCGAGUCUAUCUCACAGAUGAAGGCCAAGGCUGAAAAGGAAAACGACGACGGGUUACUAGAAUACCUAGAGGAUAUCAUUGGCACAAGCAAGUACAAGUCUUUGAUUGAGGAAAACCUCACAAAGAUGGACGAGCUUAAUGAAGUGUGUCUAGAGAAGGAGCACAGGUUUGAGUUGGUCGAGAACGACACGAACGUGCUUGAGGAAAAGAAGAAUGAUGCGUUACAGUUUCUCGAGAAGGAGAAGCAGCUCACCAACAAAAAAUCUGUGAAGUUUCAAGUGACCAUCCACGAAAAUCUGCAACAGCUUUCCAAGUAUGAGAAGACCGCCCAGGAUGUCUCAGAACAACUCAGUGAGGAGAAGAACAAAAACAUGGAGCUAAAUAUUGAGGUAGACGAGGCACAAAAGAGGAAAAAGGGGCUACAGAAGGAUAUCUCGAAGACCAACGAGAAGCUCACACAAGCCAACAAGAAGCAUAAGACGUUCAACAGCAAAAAUGUCUCCCUCGAGGAGAGGGUUAAAAACCUAGAGAGCAAGGUAAAGAAAAUCGAGAAAACUAAACAGACUUCUGAGCGUACAUUAUCCACUUCCUCGCAUCAACUCAAGACUCUUCGUGAGACUGAAGAGCAAUCUGUCAAUGAGUUGACCUCAUUGAAGGAGUCAUUGGAAAAAGAAAGUGCCAAACUUUUCCAGCUUCGAGAGAAACUCGCCGACAAAACUUCACAUUUUUCUAAAGAAAUCCAAGAGCUCGAAACUCAGCUUCUCCCAGUGAACGAUAAGGUCAAGGAGAAAGAGAGCGCCAUUCAAUUAAUCAAGUCUGAGAUCGAAAUAUUAGAGGAGCAAUCUAAAAGCACCGAGCGUCAGCUUCAGCAGGCAUCUCAGAGACUUCAGGAGAUUAAGAGAGAAGGCAAGGAGAAAGAGGCCGAGCUAGAUUCACAGGAGAGGAAGCUUGAGCAUAUCAAGGAGCAAAUACUAUUGGGCGAAGAACAAUGUGGAAAUUCUAGAAAGCUGCUUGAGAAGAAAAAGAACAGACUCAACUCUGCAAGGCAACAGACACAAGACGCCAUCCACUCCGUUUCGAACACUCAGAACAAAAAUAAGGUCUUGGUGAGUUUGACGAAACUCGCAAAGUCUGGCCGAAUUACUGGCUUCUUUGGUCGCCUAGGAGACUUGGGUCAGAUUGAUGACAAAUACGAUGUUGCAAUCUCAACAGCGUGCCCAGGCCUUGACUCGAUGGUGGUAGACACAGUGGAGACGGCACAAGCUUGUAUCGACUACCUCAGAAAGAACAAAUUGGGUUAUGCCAAUUUCAUUUGUCUCAACAAGCUUCGAAACUUCGAUCUUGGUCCAAUUCAGACUCCUGGAAAUCCAAUGAGCGUCAAGAGACUUUUUGACUUGAUUAUUCCAAAAGACAAACGCUUUUUGCCAGCAUUUUACAGCAAACUUUACAACACCCUCGUGGCUGGUGAUCUUCAAGAGGCGAAAUCGGUUGCUUACGGUGCCAAAAGAUACAAAGUUGUCACAUUGGAUGGUAAAGUCGUUGACACUUCGGGUGCCAUGUCCGGUGGCGGAUCUCACUUUGCCAGAGGUGCCAUGAAGCUAACAUCCAAUUCUAGAAAUGAGGAUACAGAGUUUUCCGAAGAGGAUAUCGAAAAGAUGAAAUCAGAGUUGGCGUCGAUGGAAGAAGAGGUGAAUCAACUUCAACAUGAAUGCGAGGAAAUGGUGAGCAAUCUCCAAAAGCUCAAGGAGUUGGCCCCAGAGACCGAAUUUUCUAUAAAAAGGAUUCAACUCGAUAUUCAGUCAUUAAUUUCAGAGAAGAAAGAGGUUUCAUCCAACUGCAAAAAGCUCCUUGCUCAGAAGGAGAGUGAGGACGGCUCUUCCGAACUCGAGGGACCGAUUCAAGAAAAGACCAAAGAGCUCGAAUCACUCACGGCAGAGAACGAAAAGCUCCGACAGCUGAUGGUCGAAACGGAGACAAAAAUAUCAGCUCUUCAAACAAAAAUCAUGGAUGUCGGUGGUGUCGAAUUAAAAAUCCAAGACUCCAAGGUUGGAUCUUUGAAGGAGAAGAUUGAGCUUAAUGAAGAGAAAAGCUCACAAAACGCUAUGGCACUUCGAAAGCUUGAGCAUGAUUCCAAAAGACACACAAAGAUUGUCGAGGAGAGUGUAGCUGAACUUGAAUCAGCUCAAACUGAGAUUGAGAAAGUUAAAGAGGACCUUUCGGUGAGUAUGAAGGCGAUUCGUGAGAUUGAUGAUCAAAUUGCAGCGCUCAUGAAUGAGCGCACCGAGUAUGAAUCAGAGCUCGAGAAAGUAACUGAAGAGGUUGAGGACCUUAAUGCAAAGAUAAACGAGUUCAAAUCAGUGGAGAUUGAGCUUGAAAACAAACUUGAAAAGCUUAAUGGCGUUGUUCGUAAAUGCCAGUCAGCAGUCGAAAUUGCCAACAAGGAGAUCAAGAACCUCAUCGUCCGGGAUUGUGGCCCGUAUAUUGAUUGGAUGCCAGAAGAUGAAAGAUCCAAGUAUGAGAGUUCAGAGAUUGAGCAGCUCUCAGAAGAGGCCAUCGAUGAUAUCAACAUUGCAAACAUUGAAGAGGAGAUUGAGAGUCUUGAGCAAUACAUGAAUGAUGUCAAGGUCGACAUUGAAGUCCUCAAAGAGUAUGGUGAGAAGAAGAAGGAGCUCGAAAUCCGCCGUACUGACUUGAAUGAGACUGUUGAACAGCGUGAUGGGGUCAAAGGAUACUGUGAGGAGCUCAAGAGGAAACGACUUGAUGAAUUCAUGGAGGGCUUUAACACCAUUUCAUUGUCCUUGAAGGAGAUGUACCAAAUGAUCACAAUGGGAGGUAAUGCUGAGCUUGACUUGGUUGACAGUUUGGACCCAUUCUCAGAGGGUAUCAUGUUCAGUGUUAUGCCGCCGAAAAAAUCGUGGAGAAACAUAUCCAACCUUUCUGGUGGUGAGAAGACUUUGAGUUCGCUUGCACUUGUUUUCGCCCUUCAUAAGUACAAACCUACGCCGUUAUAUGUUAUGGACGAGAUUGAUGCAGCUUUGGAUUUCAGAAAUGUCUCUAUCGUCGCCAACUACAUCAAGGAUAGGACCAAGAAUGCUCAAUUUGUUGUCAUCUCCUUGCGUAACAAUAUGUUUGAAUUGGCGCAACAGCUCGUGGGAAUCUACAAGGUGGACAACCAAUAA